UCGGGCUAGUGGCACAGUGCUGACCGGUUGUCUCGCCAUGGCGCACGGAAACAUAGUGAUUUCUGCGGAAUUGGAGAAAAUUCACAAGCAAAGUUUAGAAAAAGACAAUGAAGCCAAAGAUGUGUAUUACAAUACGAAAACGCCGUAUCGUAGACAGGCAUUGGCGGCGCUCGGCACGGUGAUGCUCAACUGCGGAGUUGGAGCCACGGCCGGUUUCUCCGCGGUCCUCAUACCUCAGCUGAAGCACGGCAGGAACAGACUCGACCACAAGCUCAACACUGAAAUGGAGUCUUGGGUAGCUGCUGCCGCCUCAUUUGCGCUUAUAUUUGGCAACCUGAUAUCGGGAUACUUGAUGGAGAGGUACGGCCGAAGAAGCUCUCAGAUUAUGCUAUCCAUUCCUUAUAUGGCCGGAUGGGCCAUCAUUGCCUUCGCAGAUAAUAUAUAUUUAGUGCUACUUGGAAGAUUCAUCACUGGGUUUUGCCAAGGCUGGCUGGGUCCUUUGGGCUCGGUGUUUGUUGGAGAAGUCAGCAGCCCUCUAAAUAGAUCUGUAUUUUUAGCCGGUUUAUCACUAGCAAUAGCUUUCGGAGUGUUCAUGUCGCAUCUUUUUGGAACACUAAUGCACUGGAAGUACGCAGCUAUACUUUGUGGAUUAUUUCCACUAAUGGGAUGCAUUUUGACGUACUGUGUCAAGGAGUCUCCUACCUGGCUAGCUUCAAAAAACCGAAUCGAUGAUUGCAUAGAAUCAUUCCAGUGGUACCGCGGAACAAGUCCCGAGAUGAAAAACGAACUUGACAAAAUUAUAUUUGAGCAAUCUCAAAGAGAUCAAUCGAAGAGUAAACUAAAAACCUUACUGGCAAAUAUAAGAAAGCCUGAAUUUUGGAAGCCGCUCUGCAUAAUGAUCGUGUUCUUUAUUUUAACGCAGCUAACUGGAGUUAAUGUUAUUUGCGCGUAUACUACAGAGAUGAUGAAAGAACUCAUCGGGAACCAUGCUAACAGAAGUACAUCGAGUGCAGCUAUGUUGAGUAUAGAUAUUCUGAGAUGCGUAUCCUUAGUUGUUGCGUGUUUCCUACUUCGUAAACUUGGUCGUCGACCGAUGGCUUUAUUCAGUGGAGCGUCUACAUGUCUUACUCUAAUAGCGCUAUCUGGUUACUUAUAUCUCGUCAACAACCGUGUCAUAAGACAUAUAUCGCCAUUUGUUUCCCUAAGUCUGAUAGCUAUUUAUAUUAUUGUUUCUAAUUUUGGUGUGGUACCUUUGCCGUGGAACAUGGUCGGCGAGCUGUUUGCCACGGAGACAAGGGGCUUAGGCUCAGGUUUUAGUGUCAUGACUACCUCGGUAGCUUACUUUGGGACGAUAAAAACUGCCCCUGCAAUGUUCGAAAGCAUAGGACACCACGGAACGUACCUAUUUUAUGGAUUGUCUACUAUGCUGGGAACUAUAUUUUUAUUCUUCUGCUUACCUGAAACGAGAGGUAAAACUUUAAUAGAAAUCGAAGAGCACUUUAGAAACAGUAAACAAACAAAGACGAAACCUGUUCCUGAUGACGGAACUGUAUAAUCCUAUGAAUAUAUAGGUAAUUUUGAGGAUCUCUUUACUGUAAAUAGUCUAUUUUAACAGUUAAAAUAUUUAACAUUAUUCAAAUAAUACAAAUUGUUAAAUAAAUAGGAAGUAAUUAGUUAGACUAUUUGUAAUUAGCGAUAACUGCAGAUAAAUUGUUUUUUGCGGUAAUGUGCCUACAUCAAUUUGCUUAAUUACUUGGACACAUUAUUAAUUAAAUAGAAUUCAUUAAUAAAGUCGAUAUGCAGUUUAGCGACUGGGUGUAUCUGUUACCGUUAUAGUUAAUAUAAUUAUUUAUUGAAUUAAAGUCUGAUGAAACCAAUAACUAGAUAACAAUAUGUUUCAGUGAUAAAUAAAUGUGCCAUUAUCAUGCAGCUGUUCUUUGUACAACCUUAGGAUUUUAUCAUUAACUAUGAUUAGGAAAAAUAAACUGUAGGCUAACAAUGUAUUUAUUUACUCAUGCUAUUUGUUAAAGAUUACUUCGGACACGUAAAGUCUCAUUAAUGUUUAAGUACUGUCGAAAUG